CUCCUCCUCCUCGUACAAAAUUAACCGCCAAGCUUAGCUCCAAAAGGGUCGUGCUCCAGGUGAGGCUCGAACUCACAACCUCGGCAUCGCUCUGCAUGUACUGCCAUAUAAGUACCGCGCGCUAACCGAUUGCGCCACUGGAGCUCCGCUGUGCCGGCCUCGCGAAGGCUCUAUCAGGCCCAGGGAGGCGUCGACGGAGCAUGCGCAGCCGCCGCCCACGGGCGCCGCUCGGGAUGCCAGCUUCCUCCAACUUCGGGCCGGGACCCAACGGCUCCGAGCCGGCGUCUGGGGACCGAAGGGUCCGGGGGAGACUCGAGCCCGAUAGAGGCCUGGUCGUGCUGAGUGGGGGAGGAACCUCUGGCCAGAUGGCAUUCCUCACGUCUGUCUCUUUUAACCAGUUGAUGAAAGGUCUAGGACAAAAGCCUCUUUCCACAUACCUCAUUGCAGGAGGUGACAGGUCUGUCAUGGCCUCUUGGGAACGAACAGAAGAUAGCACCCUUCACGGGAUCCAGGAGCUGAGGAAGGUCUGUGUUUUCCGAUACUAUUCAACUAGAGACACUCAUAGGUCCCUUUUCAUAGGGCUAGAAAAGCGCCAACCCCAGCCAAGGCCUGGCCCCUCCUCUGGCCCUGAUUUUCUCACAUGGUAGAUUUAUACCCUGGUGACCUCCCUAGCACCCUAACUCAGUCCCCCUCCAGGAGACCACCCUGUUCCCAGGCACCCUAACUCAGUCCUCCUCCAGCAGACCACCCUGCUCCCCGACACCCUAACUCACACCUCCUCCAUGAGACCGCCCUGCUCCCAGGCACCCUAACUCAGUCCUCCUCCAGGAGACCACCCUGCUCCCGGACACCCUAACUCACACCUCCUCCAGGAGACCACCCUGCUCCCGGACACCCUAACUCACACCUCCUCCAGGAGACCGCCCUGCUCCUGGGCACCCUAACUCACACCUCCUCCAUUCCAGGUGGCUGCUGGGAAGAAGAGAGUGAUUGUCAUAGGCAUUUCUGUGGGACUCUCAGUAAGUGUCAGGGCAGGCUGAUGGGGCCAUUUGACAAGACGAAGGGGAUGAAGGGGGUGGGACUAGAAUGGCAUGGAAGGUAGAUUGAUGAGCUGGGUGCUAGGAAAGAGAAAACUUACAUAAGGAAUUUUAAUUUUCACCAACUUUGAUCUAUUUUUUCAUGGAUAUGAAGAGGGGGGGCAAUUCCAUCUCAGAAUAACUGUGUAUUGAUUCAUCAACAGCCAAGAUGGACUAGUCCAGGGGUCAACAAGCUAUGCCGGCAGUCUGUGUGGCCAGCUGCCUGAAUUUGUGGACCGUUUUACUGGCACACAGCCUUCAUGUUUACUUAGACUUCAUGUCCUCUUUUGUGUUAGGCUUAUGUAGUUUGUGGGAGCCCAUUUUCAGGCUCCUCGUGGCUUUACCCAACUUGUCUGCAUAGAGAGGAUGACUAGGACCACAGGCCUGAGUGCUGGUGUCUGAGAUGGUCUGCACUUGGCUGUGCUUGGGGGAGGUAUUUUGCUCUACCCAUUGGCGUUUCUAUAAAUACCCUAGGGCAGAGAUAGUCAGGACCCACUGGAAUAGGUUCCAGGCCCUCCCGAGGCUAUCCUGUAUUUUCUGUUUAUAUCCCCACUCUAAAUCCUUCUAUGUAAUAUUUCCUGCUGCUCACUCAAGAAAACUCUGGGGAACUGUGGGGUUGAUGGGUAGCCACCCUGCAGAAUGGCACCAUGAACAGACAAAGGAACAGGGGCUAAAGACAAAGGAAAAUAAUAGUAAUAUUAAGAUUUAUUCUGGUUUUGGUGAAAGUGUUGAGUUAGGUCCUGCCAGUAGAAAAGGGUCAUAACCAGUGUUGAAAUGAAAUAUAAAUAUUAAAUGGGGGGGGGGCUGGAGAGAUGGAUCAGUGGUUAAGAGCACUGACUGCUCUUCCAGAGAUCCUGAGUUCAAUUCCCAGCAACCAUGGUGGCUCACAACCACCUAUAAUGAGAUCUGGUACCCUCUUCUGGCUGGCAAGGACACAUGCAGAUAGAAUACUGUAUACAUAAUAAAUAAAUCUUUUAAAAAAAUAAUAAAUAGGGC